AUGCUUCCAGGAUUAGUAUGUUUAAGAGAGAGAGGAAAGUGUAUCGCAAUCUCUUUCUUUCUUUCUUUUUUCAUUUUCUUUUCUCAUUUCUCAUUUAACUCAGCCUAUUAUGACUUUCUCCUUACGAGCUUUCAUUUCCUUUCUUUCUUUUUCUGUCCUUUUUUGUUUGUUUCUUUCUUUCUUUAUUUCACUCUUCCUGAAUAUUCUUUUACCCUUUCCGAAUAUGGCUUUUCUUUCUUUUUUUCUCUUGUUAUCGUUUCAUUCUUACGAGCUUUCUUUUCCUUUCUCUCUUUUUCUAUCCUUCUUUUUCUUUUUUUCGUUCUUUCUUUCUUUCUUUCUUCUUUUUAUGCCUUGGUGUUUUCUUUUCUUUUCUUCUAUCCUGCAUUCAGUGAUUCCGUAGGUUCGUCUUUCUUUUCUUUCUUUCUUUCUUUCUUUUCUUUCUUUCUUUCUUUCUUUCUUUCUUCUUUUUUAUGCCUUGGUGUUCGUCUUUUUCUUUCUUUCUUUCUUUCUUUCUUUCUUUCUUUCUUUCUUUCUUUUUUUUUUGUUCGUCUUUCUUUCUUUCUUUCUUUCUUUCUUUCUUUCUUUCUUUCUUUCUUUCUUCUUUUUAUGCCUAGUGAUUCCGUAGGUUCGUCUUUCUUUCUUUCUUUCUUUCUUUCUUUCUUUCUUUCUUUCUUUCUUCUUUUUAUGCCUAGUGAUUCCGUAGGUUCGUCUUUCUUUCUUUCUUUCUUUCUUUCUUUCUUUCUUUCUUUCUUUCUUUCUUUCUUUCUUCUUUUUAUGCCUAGUGAUUCCGUAGGUUCGUCUUUCUUUCUUUCUUUCUUUCUUUCUUUCUUUCUUUCUUUCUUUCUUUCUUUCUUCUUUUUUUAUGCCGAGGUUGAUUCCGUAGGUUCGUCUUUCUUUCUUUCUUUCUUUUCUUUCUUUCUUUCUUUCUUUCUUCUUUUUUUUCUGCCUUGGUGUUUUCUUUUCUUUUCUUCUAUCCUGCAUUCAGUGUUUUCUUUUCUUUUCUUCUAUCCUGCAUUCAUUGAUUCCGUAGGUUCGUCUUUCUUUCUUUCUUUUCUUUCUUUCUUUCUUUCUUUCUUUCUUUCUUUCUUCUUUUUAUGCCUUGGUGUUUUCUUUUCUUUUCUUCUAUCCUGCAUUCAUGAUUCCGUAGGUUCGUCUUUCUUUCUUUCUUUCUUUCUUUCUUUCUUUCUUUCUUUCUUUCUUUUUCUUUUUAUGCCUAGGUUCGUAUUUCUUUCUUUCUUUUCUUUCUUUCUUUCUUUCUUUCUUUCUUUCUUUCUUUUUUUUUUAUGCCUAGGUGUUUUCUUUUUCUUUCUUCUAUCCUGCAUUCAGUUCGUCUUUCUUUCUUUCUUUCUUUCUUUCUUUCUUUCUUUCUUUCUUUCUUUCUUUCUUUUUUUAUGCCUAGGUGUUCGUCUUUCUUUCUUUCUUUCUUUCUUUCUUUCUUUCUUUCUUUCUUUUUCUUUCUUUCUUUCUUCUUUUUUUAUGCCUAGUGAUUCCGUAGGUUCGUCUUUCUUUCUUUCUUUCUUUCUUUUUCUUUCUUUCUUUCUUUCUUCUUUUUUUUAUGCCUUGGUGUUUUUUUCUUUUCUUUUCUUCUAUCCUGCAUUCAGUGAUUCCGUAGGUUCGUCUUUCUUUCUUUCUUUCUUUCUUUCUUUCUUUCUUUUCUUUCUUUCUUCUUUUUUAUGCCUAGGUGUUCGUCUUUCUUUCUUUCUUUCUUUCUUUUUUCUUUCUUUCUUUCUUUCUUUCUUUCUUUUUUAUGCCUUGGUGUUUUCUUUUCUUUUCUUCUAUCCUGCAUUCAGUGAUUCCGUAGGUUCGUCUUUCUUUCUUUUCUUUUUUCUUUCUUUCUUUCUUUCUUUUUUCUUUUCUUCUUUUUUUAUGCCUAGGUUCGUCUUUCUUUCUUUCUUUCUUUCUUUCUUUCUUUCUUUCUUUCUUUUCUUUCUUUUUUCUUUCUUUUUUAUGCCUUGGUUCGUCUUUCUUUCUUUCUUUCUUUCUUUCUUUCUUUCUUUCUUUUCUUUCUUCUUUUUAUGCCUAGGUGUUCGUCUUUUCUUUUCUUUCUUUCUUUCUUUCUUUCUUUCUUUCUUUCUUUCUUUCUUUCUUUCUUCUUUUAUGCCUAGGUUCGUAUUUCUUUCUUUCUUUUCUUUCUUUCUUUCUUUCUUUCUUUCUUUCUUUCUUUUCUUUCUUUCUUUUUUUAUGCCUAGGUGUUUUUUUUUUCUUUUCUUCUAUCCUGCAUUCAGUGAUUCCGUAGGUUCGUCUUUCUUUCUUUCUUUCUUUCUUUCUUUUCUUUCUUUCUUUCUUCUUUUUAUGCCUUGUGAUUCCGUAGGUUCGUCUUUCUUUCUUUCUUUCUUUCUUUCUUUCUUUCUUUCUUUCUUUCUUCUUUUUAUGCCUAGGUUCGUCUUUUCUUCUUUCUUUCUUUCUUUCUUUCUUUCUUUCUUUCUUCUUUUUAUGCCUAGUGAUUCCGUAGGUUCGUCUUUCUUUCUUUCUUUCUUUCUUUCUUUCUUUCUUUCUUUCUUUCUUUCUUCUUUUUAUGCCUUGGUGUUUUCUUUUCUUUUCUUCUAUCCUGCAUUCAGUGAUUCCGUAGGUUCGUCUUUCUUUCUUUCUUUCUUUCUUUUUUCUUUCUUUCUUUCUUUCUUCUUUUUUAUGCCUAGGUUCGUCUUUCUUUCUUUCUUUCUUUUCUUUCUUUUUCUUUCUUUCUUUCUUUCUUUCUUUCUUCUUUUUAUGCCUUGGUUCGUCUUUCUUUCUUUCUUUCUUUCUUUCUUUCUUUCUUUCUUUCUUCUUUUUAUGCCUAGGUUCGUCUUUCUUUCUUUCUUUCUUUCUUUCUUUCUUUCUUUCUUUCUUUCUUUCUUUCUUUCUUCUUUUUAUGCCUUGGUGUUUUCUUUUCUUUUCUUCUAUCCUGCAUUCAGUGAUUCCGUAGGUUCGUCUUUCUUUCUUUCUUUCUUUCUUUCUUUCUUUCUUUCUUUCUUUCUUUCUUUUUUUAUGCCUAGGUUCGUCUUUCUUUCUUUCUUUCUUUCUUUCUUUCUUUCUUUCUUUCUUUCUUUCUUCUUUUUAUGCCUUGGUGUUUUUCUUUUCUUUUCUUCUAUCCUGCAUUCAGUGUUUUCUUUUCUUUUCUUCUAUCCUGCAUUGAGUGAUUCCGUAGGUUCGUCUUUCUUUCUUUCUUUCUUUCUUUCUUUCUUUCUUUCUUUUCUUUUUCUUUCUUUCUUCUUUUUUUAUGCCUUGGUGUUUUCUUUUCUUUUCUUCCAUCCUGCAUUCAGUGAUUCCGUGUUUUCUUUUCUUUUCUUCUAUCCUGCAUUCAGUGAUUCCGUAGGUUCGUCUUUCUUUCUUUCUUUCUUUCUUUCUUUCUUUCUUUCUUUUCUUUCUUUCUUUCUUUCUUUCUUCUUUUUUAUGCCUUGUGAUUCCGUAGGUUCGUCUUUCUUUCUUUCUUUCUUUUCUUUUUCUUUUCUUUCUUUCUUUCUUUCUUCUUUUUAUGCCUUGGUGUUUUCUUUUCUUUUCUUCUAUCCUGCAUUCAGUGAUUCCGUAGGUUCGUCUUUCUUUCUUUCUUUCUUUCUUUCUUUCUUUCUUUCUUUCUUUCUUUCUUUUUCCUUUAUUUAUCUCUGCAGUUUUCAUUAUGUCUCUUCAUUUUUCUUUCCCUUUUUGUUUGGUUUUGUUUCUGUCUCAUUAAUUAUCCUUUAUUUCUUGGCUUUUUUUUUUACUUUUUUCUCUCUUUCUUUUGUAAUUUUUCUUUCUUUUUUUCUUUCUUUCUUUCUUUUCUUGUCUCAGUCUGGACAGUUUUCCGUUAGCUACUUUCCUUACUCUCUUUUUCUAUCGUUUUCUUUCUUUCUUUCUUUCUUUCUUUCUUUCUUUCUUUCUUUCGUUCUCUCUUUCUUUCUUUCUUUCUUUCUUUGUAAUGAAAUGAUCUCCCUUUCAUUACAUAUCAACUGUUUCUCUUUCUUUCUUUCUUUCUUUCUUUAUUUCUUUCUUUUUUUCUUUCUUUUGUUCUUAACUGUUGUUUUAUUUGUACUUCCCUUUCUUCCGUUCUUCUUUCCUUCCUUUAUUCAUUUUUUUCGAAUUUCAAUAAAUGUAGUCUUGCAUUUAACAAGAUUUAUUUCUUUAGAAUUCUAUAUUUCUCUGAUUUUUUCUUUCUUUUUUAGUUUGGGUUUGAUUCUUUCUCUCCAAUUUUCCAUUUUUUCUCUGAAUUUUUCUUUCUUUUUUUCUUUCUUUCUUCCUUUUUCUUGUCUCAGUCUGUGCAGUUUUCCUCUAACUAGAUUUCUUAUUUCUCUCUCACUUUCUUUUUUUUUCUUUUUCCUCGCCUUUUUAAGACACUGUUAG